AGCAGUCUUCUAGCAGAAAUUUACCUUCGUCUUCUACAUGUCGGUUGGUAAAGUGAGCAAAAGGGCCAACGCCAGCUGCUGGAGCUAGUUAAGCCUCGUACUGAAUGUCUGGGGCAGUAGAGUCCGCUCGGCCGUCGGUGAAAGGCACACAUUAACGGCAUAGAUAAAAAUUGCGCCAUGUUCCGUGUUCCUGCCCUGGCAUGGAGCGAACUACGAGUUUUACAUCGGCGGGUCACUGUUCCGACACGGUACUCGAGGUGCUGUGCAUCAAGGACCGUAGAGCAAACCCUCCCUUGUCGUCUGUUCCAUCAAAAACGCUUCUCACUCAUUAAUUUGUUGCGGUCAAGACCACCUGGCAGCCUUCUUUUAUGUCGGAGGUGGUAUGCAGACCUUCCCCCGCAUCAGAGGGUGCUAAUGCCGACGCUCUCGCCGACCAUGGAAAAGGGCAACAUAGUUUCAUGGAGCAAGAAAGAAGGGGAUAAGCUUGGCGAAGGUGAUGUUCUUUGUGAAAUCGAGACGGACAAAGCUACGAUGGGGUUCGAAACACCGGAAGAGGGCUAUCUGGCGAAGAUUAUUGUACCAGCGGGAACGAAAGAUAUUCCACUUGGGCAACUCAUCUGCAUCAUGGUCCCUGAUCAACAAAGCGUAGCGGCUUUCAAAGACUUUAAGGACGACAGUGCUUCCUCAGCUCCAAAACCAGCUACUGCUGCAGCAGCUCCGGCUCCUCCUGCAGCUGCGGGUGCAGCAGGACCGCCGCGGACGCUUCCCCGUCAUCUGAGGGUAGGCCUGCCAACGCUAUCGCCAACGAUGGAGACGGGAACCAUCAAGAACUGGAGCAAGAAGGAAGGGGACAAGUUGGGCGAAGGCGACCUUCUCUGUGAGAUCGAGACAGAUAAGGCCGCAAUGGGAUUCGAGACACCAGAGGAAGGAUACUUGGCAAAGAUCCUUGUACCUGCUGGAACCAAAGAUGUACCUUUAGGGAAACUUAUCUGCAUCCUAGUCUAUGACCCCAAUGACGUGGCAGCCUUUAAGGACUUCAAAGAUGAUGGAGCAGCAGCAGCUCCUCCUCCUACCCCUACGACGGCAGUAUCCCCCCAGCCCUCAACAGCCCCUCCAAGGCCUACACUAUCAGCACCCGCAGCAUCACCUGCUACUCCAGCAAGGGCUGGAGGGCAUGUGCUUGCUUCACCUAUGGCUAAGCAUCUUGCUGCUAUAAAGGGAAUCGACCUGGCUCAAGUUCCAGCUGGCAGUGGACCCGGCGGCCGUAUCCUUGCAAAGGACUUGGAUACAGUCAGUGCACUUCCCAGGGCUACUGCCACCAUUGCUCCCUUACCUUCCUCAACUGCUGAAUACCUGGACAUACCCCUCUCGAACUUGCAACAGGCACGGGGACAAAUGGCAGUUAUGUCUAAGCAGACAAUUCCACAUUACUACCUCACGGUGGACGUGACGAUGGACACUGUUAUGCGGCUGCGUGAUGAGCUGAACGAGACACUGAAACGCGACAAGGUACAACUGUCAGUGAAUGAUUUUGUCAUCAAGGCUGCGGCUCUCGCUUGCAAGAAGUACCCUGCAGCAAAUUCUUCGUUCCAAGGAGAUUUCAUCAGGCAGUUCGAGUCUGUUGACAUUGGGACUACAGUGGACACCCCUCAAGGCAUAGUCAUACCAACCAUAUUUGGUGCUCACAAAAAAGGUCUGUCAACCAUCAGUCAGGACUAUCAGGCACUGGUAACGAAAGCUCAAGAAAACAAGUUACAACCACAGGAUUUACAGGGUGCCACAAUAACAGUGUCCUAUCUAGGAAUGUUUGGGGUGAGAAAUUUUUCGGCAAUUAUCAUCCCUCCACAGGCUUGCAUAUUGGCUGCCGGAUGUCCCGAAGAGAUGCUCGUUCCCGACAGUAAGGACCAAUCCGGGAGAUAUCGCACUUCGAGAGUGAUGUACGCAACACUGAGCUGCGACCACAGGGUAAUUGACGGAGCAGUAGGAGCACGGUGGCUCGAGGACUUCAAAGAGUUCUUGGAAUGUCCACACAAAAUGUUGCUCUGACACCUGGUGUCCACUCAUGCUGUGUGUACUGUGGCCGCUGCCACAAAAAUGCUCCAGCCAUUCCUAGAGGCAAUUUUAUAUUCUGCUGAACGAGGUUGCACAAUAAAGUUUUUAUCCUCUCGGA